CCCAGUAUGCUGCUCUCAUUCUUAUGUACAAUAGCAGGGCUGGGAAGUUCUCGACCCCAGGCUCUUUGGUCCCAGUGGUUGCCUCGAUGUCUGUGCUUCUCCCUCCAGUAGCAAAGCCAGAUGCGGCCUGCUGGGGCUGAUGAUGCCGCCGACACUGCCGGAAGGCUGUGCAGAUCUUUCCUUUGGUCAGUGAGUAUUCAAAGACGUGAAGCAAGGUGGAGGUUACUUGCUUGUAACUCGGUACUCAGCUGUGCGGGCCACCGAUUACCAGCCUCAUUACAGCUGAUGAACCGACGGGCUCACGGGCUCCGAAUCUAGCAUGUGUCUGACGGCGGCCGGCAGGGGACUGCAGAUAACAACACGCGGCCAUGUGGAAUCGUUCCUGAAGGGACCCGUGAGCCCAGGCGCCCCGGGGCCCAGGAGGUCCACCGUCAGUUUCCAGGGAUAUCUGAGGCUUGAGAAUUACAUUGUGGAAAAUAUGAAGUCGGAGAUGGCCCAGAUACAACAGAACGCGGUUCAGAAUCACACGGCCACCAUGCUGGAGAUCGGGACCAGCCUCCUGACGCAGACCGCGGAGCAGACCCGGAAGCUGACGGACGUGGAGACCCAGGUACUAAAUCAGACUUCUCGACUUGAAAUACAACUGCUGGAGAAUUCACUGUCAACAUACAAACUAGAGAAGCAACUUCUUCAACAGACAAAUGAAAUUCUAAAAAUUCAUGAAAAAAACAGUUUGUUAGAACAUAAAAUCUUAGAAAUGGAGGGAAAGCACAAGGAAGAGUUGGAUACCUUAAAAGAGGAGAGAGAGAACCUGCAAGGCCUGGUUUCCCGCCAGUCAUACAUAAUCCAGGAGCUGGAGAAGCAGCUGAGCAGAGCGACCAGCAACAACAGCUUGCUUCAGAAGCAGCAGCUGGAGCUCAUGGACACGGUACACAGCCUCGUCAACCUGUGCACCAAAGACGGUGUUUUGCUAAAGGGAGGAAAAAGAGAGGAAGAGAAACCAUUUAGAGACUGUGCAGAUGUAUAUCAAGCUGGUUUUAAUAAAAGUGGAAUCUACACUAUUUAUAUUAAUAAUAUGCCAGAACCCAAAAAGGUAUUUUGCAAUAUGGAUGUGAAUGGGGGAGGCUGGACUGUAAUUCAGCAUCGUGAAGAUGGGAGUCUAGAUUUCCAAAGAGGCUGGAAGGAGUAUAAAAUGGGCUUCGGAAACCCAUCGGGCGAGUACUGGCUGGGGAACGAGUUCAUCUUCGCCAUCACCAGCCAGAGGCAGUGCACGCUGCGGAUCGAGCUGCUGGACUGGGAAGGCAACCGCGCCUACUCGCAGUACGACAGGUUCCACAUUGGGAACGAGAAGCAGAACUACAGGCUGUAUUUGAAGGGCCACACGGGGACAGCGGGGAAGCAGAGCAGCCUGAUCCUGCACGGCGCCGACUUCAGCACAAAAGACGCCGACAACGACAACUGCAUGUGCAAGUGCGCGCUCAUGCUGACGGGAGGCUGGUGGUUUGAUGCCUGUGGCCCCUCCAAUCUAAACGGGAUGUUUUACACUGCGGGGCAAAACCACGGGAAGCUGAACGGCAUCAAGUGGCACUACUUUAAGGGGCCCAGCUACUCCCUGCACUCCACCACCAUGAUGAUCCGGCCUCUGGACUUCUGAAAGCACAGUGUCCACAGCGAUCAUCAAGCAGCAAAGCCUGGAGGAGCCACUCGCCAAGAGACCAGAUAAAGUUUCUGCACCGGCCACAUCGACUCCCUUCUAGCAACAAGUGGAAGUUACAGGACGCCUGGAAGAUUCUUGGCUGUGCAUUUGCACCCUUCUCUGGGCUCGGGAAAUCUCUUCUUGGUCACUCUGUGCUUCUUGCUGUCAUGGCUUAAGAAGUGGAGGGACUGCCAGGCUUCACGCUCGUCCUGGGUCGUACUGCAAAACUACGACCACGGGGGACGGACACAGCUUCUUUCAUGCAAAAUCAAAAGAAAAGGAUGCGCACGAAGAAUGGAGACAGCCCUGUCUUGGUCCUCUGGGAAGGACGUGUUGCAUCAGUGAGAUGGUGUUAUCUCUGCACAAGCCUGCUAACAGACACGUUUAUACUAUUGUACACUUUUGAUAAAGUUCAGAAAGAACAGCCUCGUCUUCUGCAUUGUUAAAUGCUGGUGGAUUUCAGAAGCCAAGUCUCAGUAUUGUACUUCUGAGUUGAUUUCAGUUAACCCCUCUUCAGAUGUAAAUUCCGUUUUGUAAGCCAUAAGCAGCUGUAGUGUGGGGAAAGGCGGCGGCCACAGAACUCUGCUCUGUGACCUUCUCAAAAGGCAGUUUCAGAACGAGGACAUGGUCACAUACAGACAGAACACGUGAAAAAUUAAGAUUCUUCUCCUGUGCUACAGUUUCCAUUUACUUUAAAAGCUGAUUGACUGAUAUGCAGAUAUAUUUAUAGCCUGAAUAAAGUUUAAAGAAUGUGAAAUAUAUCGUCAAGUUCUUAAAGUAGUAUACAUGCGUUUGAUUAUUUCCUUUGCCAUGAUACCAGAAGGCAGUAUCUGGAGCAUUUUAAGUUGAAGCAAAGCUAAGUGGACCAGAGCGGAUGGUUUCACAGUGGCUCUUGCAUGUGGACUUGGAUGCAUGACUUUGCUGCCUUAAAUGUGUUCCUACAUCUUCAGUUCUUCACCUUGUCAGUCCAUAAAAAUUGAUUUUUUUUUACAAUUAACUGCAUGAAACAUGCUUGUCAGGUUCACCUUGCUGAAGUUUCUAUUAAAGAUAUAUCCCGAAGCCUGCAAAAAGUAGAACACCCCUGCACAGGGCGUGCUGGGGUCUGUGCCGUCCUUGGCUGAUACACACACAGGUGCCCAAAAAAGUCUCCUGUAUCGCUUGAUAAACACAUUACUCUUGUGUUUCCCUCCUUCAGCCUGUUUCUUCAGAUUCUAUUUUUUACAUAAAUAUCAACGGGGAAAAUCAGCACAACUCUCAACGUUGUAUGUAAAAGGUAAUCAUAAGAAUCACCAUCAGUUGACUAAUAAAAUUCUGACUACUAGCUGCUACAACUCUCCUAAGGAAAACAUUCCUGUGGGACAAUCUAGUGUAAGAGAACUUAGGGGCACAGCUUUUUAUGGCAAUUUGAAAUUACUGUGGCAUUUUAUGAAGAAGGGCUCUCUGCAUGUAAGUGUUCAAGAUUACAAUAGUGAACAUUUUAAGAAUCAAAACAUGUGUUACUAUAAAAUGAGAAAGUGGAAGUAACUAUCAGGUCUCCUUCCUCCAAAAGGGAAGCAGUGUCUUCAAGGUAAUAAUACCAACACGUGAGGCUUUGUGACUGCAUCAGUGUUCUUCAGUGGCGUCCCUCCACUGGGAGAAUCAAACUCUUUACAUUUCUAAGAAAGAAAGUUUUAAAGUUUACCACCAUCUUUUUAUAUUUAUAUGUGUAUACAAUCUCUUUGCUUUUGAUGUGAUAUUUGCAGGUGUAACAGUUUUUCUAUUUUUAUUGGCUCCUUGAUAGCACCAUUUAAAGUCUCCGCCUCCCAAAGAUCUUUAACUCUGCUUUCAUUUAAGUGGAAGAAAAUGAGUAUUUCGUUCUUUUGUUACAGAUUUUCCUUCCUUCCCUCUUUCCUUCCU